UCCUCUUUCGGCCCCAUGGAGUCCUCGCCCAUUCCCCCAUCCUCAGGGAACUCUUCCACUCUGGGGAGGGUCCCUCAAACCCCAGGUCCCUCUACUGCCAGUGGGGUCCCGGAGGUGGGGCUGCGGGACGUGGCUUCAGAAUCUGUGGCCCUUUUCUUUAUGCUCCUGCUGGACUUGACCGCUGUGGCUGGCAAUGCUGCUGUGAUGGCCGUUAUCGCCAAGACACCCGCCCUUCGAAAAUUUGUCUUUGUCUUCCACCUCUGCCUGGUGGACCUGCUGGCUGCCCUGACCCUCAUGCCCCUGGCCAUGCUCUCCAGCUCCGCCCUCUUUGACCAUGACCUCUUUGGGGAGGUUGCCUGCCGCCUCUACUUGUUCCUGAGCGUAUGCUUUGUUAGCCUGGCCAUUCUCUCGGUGUCGGCCAUCAACGUGGAGCGCUACUAUUAUGUGGUCCACCCCAUGCGCUACGAGGUGCGCAUGACGCUGGGGCUGGUGGCCUCUGUCCUGGUGGGUGUGUGGGUAAAGGCCUUGGCCAUGGCUUCUGUGCCAGUGUUGGGAAGGGUCUCCUUGGAGGAGGGAGCUCCCAGCGUCCCCCUAGGCUGCUCACUCCAAUGGAGCCACAGUGCCUACUGCCAGCUUUUUGUGGUGGUCUUUGCUGUCCUUUACUUCUUGUUGCCCCUGCUCCUCAUCCUAGUGGUCUACUGCAGCAUGUUCCGGGUGGCCCGAGUGGCUGCCAUGCAGCACGGACCGCUGCCCACGUGGAUGGAGACCCCCCGGCAACGCUCCGAGUCUCUCAGCAGCCGCUCCACUAUGGUCACCAGCUCGGGGGCCCCCCAGACCACCCCGCACCGGACGUUUGGGGGAGGGAAGGCAGCAGUGGUCCUCCUGGCCGUGGGGGGACAGUUCCUGCUCUGUUGGUUGCCCUACUUUUCUUUUCACCUCUACAUCGCCCUGAGUGCUCAGCCCAUUUCGAUGGGGCAGGUGGAGAAUGUGGUGACCUGGAUUGGCUACUUCUGCUUCACUUCCAACCCUUUCUUCUAUGGAUGUCUCAAUCGGCAGAUCCGGGGGGAGCUCAGCAAGCAGUUUGUCUGCUUCUUCAAGCAGGCUCCAGAGGAGGAGCUGAGGCUGCCUAGCCGGGAGGGCUCCAUUGAGGAGAACUUCCUGCAGUUUCUUCAGGGCACUGGCUGUCCGACGGAGUCCUGGGUUUCCCGACCUGUACCCAGCCCCAAGCAGGAGGCACCUGCUGUUGACUUUCGAAUCCCAGGCCAGAUAGCUGAGGAGACCUCUGAGUUCCUGGAGCAACAACUCACCAGCGACAUCAUCAUGUCGGACAGCUACCUCCGUCCUGCCCCCUCACCACGGCUGGAGUCAUGAUGGGCGGCUGGACACUUGGAGAUAGGGCUGGGGCCGUUAUGAAUGCAAGGAACUCCUUGUGGGAUCACCUUUUCCCAGCUAGCUGGGGCUGGGG